AUGGCACCUCGAGUACCCGACCCUGCGCUUCCUUUGCGCCCUGGGGCUGGCAGCCUCGCUGAGCAGGUACAAUAUCCGCCUCCAUUGCGCUUCAAUGGGGCCCUGGAUAGAUUCGAUUCCGAGGACACGACACCUGCAAUCGGUCGUGAAUUUUUCAAUGUUAAUAUUGUUGAUGACCUUCUGAAUGCCCCAAAUUCAGACGAGCUCAUCCAGGAUCUUGCUAUUACUAUCUCCCAGCGGGGUGUUGUCUUCUUCCGUGCCCAAGACAACCUUACGGAUGAUCUGCAGAAGCAACUAGUUCAUCGGCUAGGUCAGCUAGCUGGAAAACCAGCUGACUCGACAUUGCACAUCCACCCAGUGCUUAACAACACCAGCGAGUUUGGAGUCUCAGACGCGCAGGUGAGCACCAUUAGCUCACUUGCCCGAAAGAAAAUGUUUCGCCACGCAAACCAGUCCAACCCGCGUCGUUACGACUCGGCUCAAUGGCAUUCCGAUAUCCAGUUCGAGCCCGUGCCGGCUGAUUACACUUCGCUUCGCUUGACCCAGUUGCCAAAGACCGGCGGCGACACCCUUUGGGCAUCUGGCUAUGAACUUUACGACAGGUUCUCACCCGCAUACCAAAAGUUUUUUGAGACCCUGACAGCUACUUAUAGUGGUUCUGGUUUCAUUGCCGCUGCUAAGGCGGAUCCUGAGAACAUCAAGAUCUAUACUGAGCCAAGAGGGAAUUCCCUCAACAUUGGGGAAGAGCUGGCCACCGUCCACCCCGUUGUACGCACUAACCCGGUUACUGGUUGGAAGAGCAUCUACGCGGUUGGACCAUUCCCCAAGCAAAUCAAUGAGCUCAGUUCAAUUGAAUCAGAGGAGCUCUUGAAGAAAUUUUACAACACUAUCCUUGAGAACCAUGACAUUCAGGUGAGGUUCAAAUGGCGGAAUCAAAACGAUAUCGCCAUUUGGGACAAUCGAUCAGCUUUCCACACUGCCACAUUUGACUAUGAAGGGCUAGGGGAGCGCUUUGGUCACCGGGCGGUUGGUAUCGGCGAAAAGCCGUAUUUGGAUCCAAACAGUAAAUCCAGGGCAGAAGCAUUGGCAGAUGAAAGUGCUUGAGCAGGAUUCUACUUUUUUCCAUAGCCCACGCACACGCUAUUAUGAUUUCAAGGAGCAAUCCACCGUUACUG